AUGGAUUUGUUGCAGUCAGAUGAUGAGGAACAGGAAAUCCUUCAAAUAUUAGCAGAGAAUGGAAUAAAAGUAACGAAUCCUAAGAAAAAACAUCAGAGCCGGACACAAAUUUUAGAGAACAUUUUAGUAUACAAACCAGACAACGAACUCCUUCAUGCGAUUAAUAUAGCAGCCGGAUCUGAUCCUUCCUUGAAGUGCCCAAAAGAAUCCCCUUUAGAAGUUGAUGUACAAGCGUCGAACUUGGGUUCAUUACUUUGA